CUCACACUGUGCAGUCUUUCUCGUCCGAAAGACAGAAAAACUUUUUCAAGACUGCUGGCGCUUGCAUCUCCGCGGUUCCUCGCAAUGGCAGAUGGGCUUUAGUCAAAGCAGAACUUGUGAGGCAUAUGACAAGUUUCCGCCAAGAGCAGAUGAUCGUGCGAGUGAGCUCAGAGUUCAAACCUUUGUCGGUUUGGCAGAAAGAUGGGUAUGACAUUGAGCUGCUGCAGGCCAAGGGUGAAAAACGUACCAACCCAGUAUUUGGUGACGUUUGGGCUGCUCCCUUGACUUCGGUGGUUCAUGAAAAUAUCCGGGGAGAAGUGGAGAAGGAAAUUCAAGAGAAGGAAUGGACUCUGAAAGAACAGAAAAAGCCCAAGCGAGGGCGUGCAGUUAAAGCAACUGCAGAAUCCAGUGCUGCAGAUGCCAUCGAAGUGGACGAUGAGGAACGAGCGAGGAGUUGGAAGGUUGAGAUUGGCAAGGCUUCCAAGCUCAUCAGCCAAUUGAACAAUGUCUGCAACGCCAUUUCCGUCUGCGAUGCCAAGAUUACAAAGCAGCCAGACGUGCUUGAAGCUGACAUGAAGACUGGUUUCGACGAGGUGAAGAAACAGAUGCGUGAGUGGAAGGAGCAGGCCACAAGUCUGAUUGCUACCAGCGCCGAAAAGAUGUUGGCAGAGGAUCCAGUCGCUUUGCCUGUGACAGUUGCUGAUGCUGUGACGCAGAUCAAAGCAUCGCAAAAUCUGUUGAAGGAUGUGCGCUCUUCUUACGCAAAUGAGGCAAAAGCCAAAAAGGCUGCUGCUGAUGUGAAUAAGACUCCCAAAGCAAAGGCAGCGCCUAAGGCAGCCAAGAGCAAAGCUGCCCCGGGCAAGGGCAAACGCUGA